UGACCAUAUAUCGACUUCAUCCACAACCGUGUGGAUCAACUACACGGCGACCAUGUCUCUCACGAACAUCGCAGCCGGCUUCGUUCGCCCUCACUCUAUCCACCCAAAGAUCCAGGUCGACGUAUCAGGUUCCCGGUCAAAGGGUUGCGACCUUCAUCUGUUCGUACGGACAAACGACAAGAUCUUCUUUGAUCCAUACGAGCUUGAGGAUCUAUGGCAGCCUACAGGAUCGACCAUAGGACGACCGAAUGAGGUGGUCUCGUGGAACCUUUCUCCGGUCAGCCCCGAUCUCGAAAGACCUGUCAAAUACGGCUUCAGAUCGUCAAACGAGACGGACGAGUCUGCGGUGGAGAACAAGCUUCAUGUCCAGCUCGAAUGGUCCUCGUCAGAUCAGCUUCAGCAUGUCAUCCCGGCACACGCUCGGUAUCAACAGCCGGACGAGAGCAGGUACCGUGAGGUUCGGAUGUCGACGGUCGAUUCGAGACAGACUGGGCUGGAUGCCGAUGUGGAUGUGCGAGCGGUAUGGAGCUGCUCAGAGGAAAGCGAAUCGCUAGGCUCUGUCAUCGAUCGGAAUGUGCUGGAUCCAGAUAUCCGACGGCAUCUAUCCGGUUCGUAUCUAUACAACAUCGACCCUACCGGCCAUUCACACAACGAGUCAACAUCCGCAAGUAUCCUUCUUCCCGCCGCUAUUCCCUCGCACCAAGCGCUCGUUGAAUCCAUCACGUUCUGCGUCGUACUCGGCUGCUUUGUGUGGAUCAUGAAGGUGCUCCUCGAUGUCGCCAGACAGCCCUCACCAACAAAAUCGUCUGAAGGGUCCAAGAUCAAGGUCGAUUAAACAUCGACCACAUCGGCCGUAAUAUCGAGGUUCGGGUCGGGCUUCGUGGCAUGCGAGAUGACGUAGCUCAGAGCAUAGUUG